CAGGGCUGCCACCAUAGAUAAUACACUUAAUUUGAAAGAGUUGCCAUACUAUAUAGGUCUAUGAGUUGCCACGACGUAUCGUAAAGGUCAUAAUUAUUAUUAUGUGUAUUAUAGCAAGCGAAAAAUAGUCGACACAAUUCCAUAUUUUGAAAGCAUAAUACUAGUACGUAGUAUCUCUAUUGAAACUGUGAUCAAAAUACUCGUAAUUAUUUUACGAGAACAAUACUUAAAUAGUUGUUAUCAAAACAAUAUUCAACAAUGGCUCCAGCUACUGAUUGGGACGAAAUUAAAAGGCUAGCAGCUGAUUUUCAAAAAGCUCAAUUGAGUACUACAGCUCAAAGAUUAUCAGAACGAAACUGUAUUGAGAUCGUCACAAAAUUAAUUGAACUUAAAUUAAUAGAUGUUAUUUUUACAAAUGAUGGCAAAGAAUAUCUCACUUCGCUCCAACUUAUAAAGGAAAUGAAAGAUGAGUUGUAUGUGCAUGGAGGCCGAAUAAACACUGUUGAUUUAGCCAAAGAGUUAAAUGUGGAUUUUAACCACAUUACAACGCACAUUCCGGAAAUUGUAAAAGGCAAAGAUGUUCAGUUGAUAUCUGGUUAUUUGAUUACAAAUUAUUAUUUGGAAAAAAUUGCCAGAGAAGUAAACGAAAAGUUACAGCUUCAAGGCUACAUAUCUGUUGGGGAAUUAACCUUGCAUUAUGAUUUACCAGCAGAUUUGAUCCAGCAUAGUGUUCUUGAAAAGUUUUUGGGUAAAAUCAUCAUUGGAAAGCAAGAUCCAUCUGAGCCCAGAACCUUUUACACUGAUGAAUACAUAACCAGGACAAAAGCUAAGAUAAGGGGUGCAUUAAUGGGACUCUUAAAACCAACUCCAAUUGCUGUUAUAGUAAAUCAUUGCAAUUUAUCUGACCGUUUGUUCUUGUCACUUUUUGAUCAAUUAAAUGCUCCUGGUGUAUUAACAGGCAAGCAAGCUGGAGCUAUUUAUGUGCCAUCUAGUUACACAAAGUCACAAAAUGAUUGGGUAAUAAAUUUCUACAAACAGAACAACUACCUUGAAUAUGAUGCUCUCUCAAGAUUAGGAGUUUCAGAUCCAAAAGGAUAUGUUAAAAGGAUUAUUUUAAAUGAAGAGCUCACAUUUCUUAGCAGCUGUGUAAUUGGAUCACAGAUUAAAGAGCAAUUGGAAACCGCACUAGAAGAAUGCAUAGCAUCUAAAAGUUAUUUAGAUGUUGUCACUUUGUUGCCAUCAAUUUUUUCAGAUAGUGAUAUUGAAAGCAUUUUAGAUGAGUUAUUGAGAAACAAUGUUAAAUCAACAGUUCUCUUUGAAAACACUGUAUUCAGCUGUCAUUAUAUUGAAGAUUUGAAACAGACUUGCAUGCCAAUAACGCAAAAAAAUGCAGAGGCUUUGGUUAAAUCUGGUAGAUAUCAACAGUUUUAUCUUGAGAAGCAGCUUUCUAAAAACUUUGAUAUGGUACAAUCAGGUCCUGCUGAUCACAAAGCAGAGAGAAGGGAAGAACGCAGAAGAAAGGCUGCUUCAGGUAAAGGUGGCGGUGGAACUCAGGGUAGAGAAACUAAAACCAAGACUGUUAAAAAGCACAACAGGUCAAAACAGGUAGUCCAGGAUUCAGAUUCUGAUGAUGGACAUGCAGUUUCAAGAAAACCAGCACAUUUAGAAGUAGUUUCAGUGGAAGAUAUAGAAAAAGUAAUUAAAGAACCAUUGGAAAAUGAAGGUCUAGAUGACCUAGUUACUAGGAUUGCAGAACAUCUACAAGGAAGCCUCAAUCAAAUUGGUCUGGCUAUUGCCAAAGAAACGGCCGAAAAAUUGCUUCAAGAUUCAACACAAAACAGGAAACAAACUCAUUCAUCAGCUCAGGACAAAAUUAAUAUCUUAGUGAACGAUAUAAAACUAUAUGAAAAAGGAAUAAAGACCUUUGCAGCUGAGCAACAAGCACCCUUUAUUAAAUAUUUAUUAAAAUCUUUAGGAGGUGACAUACUAUCUGAGUUUUGCAAAUAUGCUGCGAGUCAGUGUAAUCUUUCUAUGCAAAACGAAACUCUCUCAAUUGAACAGAGGAACAAAAUAAUAAAUGACGUUACUGAGGAAUUCAAGAAACCAUUAACAAUAUUAAGUGCGUCUAUAAAUGAACAAAGCAUGGAAUCAUUUUUUCAAGCUAUUGAUGUUGCUUUAUCUGACUUUGGGAUGAUAUUGAAAAAGGUGGAUAAGAAGAAAGACAAGAUGCUAGUGCAAAAUCAUAGAGAGAAAUUAAUUUCGGAGUUGGAAAACUGUGAUGACCCAGCACUGUGCCUGCACAUGGCUGUGUUAUCGAUAUUCACAAUUGUCACUCAAACCAUGUUACAUGCAUCUGGCAGACAAGUUGCUGUUAUUAUUAAUUAUUUGAAAAACCACAUAAGAGAGGAAGAUUUUGAAAAAUUACACUCAUAUCAUGAAUUAGUUACCAAGUUUUUGACUUCAAAUGGAGAUGACAGAACGGAAAUUGAAGAUAAGUUAAGAAGUGAAUUGACAACUUUAAAAAAUGUUGUUCACGACAUCAAGAAGUACAAAUAAGCUUUGUCGUCAAUUCAAAUAUUGUCUUUAUUGAUUCUGGGUUUAUACUAUGUGGUAAUACUCGUAUUGCGUUGGUGCCUAGCUUAAAACAAAAAUGGAACCUCCUUUUUUCUGUCAAUAUUGCAUUAUAUCCAAUUAAUUAAAACUGGAUUUAUAAACAAUGAGAAAUUAAAAAAAUAUAUCGUUUUAUAUUAUUAAAA